AGGGGGGAGCAGGGUACACUCUGGACUAGUUGCCAUCUAAUUGCAGGCCCUGUUUUAUAAAGCAGACAGAGGUCAUAUGUACUAAUAGACGCAAACAAAUUAGCCAAAUGAGAAACACUAGUGCAAGAUGAGAGGAAGCUGAUUGGACAGACACAAGGAGCAGAUAGACAACAGGCAUAAUUAAUGCACAAUCACAUGAAAUUCCAAACAUAGGCCAGGGAGAAAUUACAAAACCCAAAUCCUAAAAUGAAGUUUUUCUGUGGAUUCAACAACCACUAAAAGCACUCGGUCUGUAUAGAGUUUUUGUGUGAGUGUUUACUGCCCAGGUCUAUUUUUGUGUGUUGACUGUUCACAUUCAUCUGGAGUGUUCUCACACGGCCACACCCGAAUAGUAUACCUGGAAAAAUACAACCCUGGCAUGCAUCACUAUCAGUGUGUUAUUCAACCGACAACAGUCACCAUGGCUGGGAGACUUCUUUUGCUGGGACUUCUUCUCAUCUGUGUGGCCGCAGACAAAGGAGCACAGAGAAGGCCAUCCUGUCCAUAUCCUGAUGGGCUUAUAGCAUGCCCCAUGAAUUUGGCCCCUGUGUGUGGCAGUGAUGGCGAAACAUAUGCCAACGAGUGUACCCUUUGUGUACAAAGACAGAAAAUGAAGAAUGAUAUUCUCAUUCGUCACGAUGGAGCCUGUGUGCCCAGUAAUACACUAUAAGUGAAUGUUACGAUGAUAAGAAUAAUAAAAGUCCAAUGGAUAUCA